AUGGCUGCGUUCUUCAAGCCUCCUAACAACGCCCCGGUCGGCAUGGCGCUGGCAGUCUUGACUGUCACCCAGACGUCGGCGCUCGUCCAUUCGCUCUGUGAUAGUCUAGACAAAGAGAUCUUCGACCUUGGAGAUACCCUGGGGCUCCCGCCGGACUCCGCGACCUGGCUUGCGGUUCUCUCCGCCCGUCAAGCGUGCCGCGAGCGCAUCUUUGAGCACCGUGUCCUACCCGAGCUUGUCAUACACCGGGAAGCGCUCCGUACCAUCUAUCCACUAGAGGAGGGCGAGACGGCCGAUCUGCUCGAGGGGCUGUCUUCUGCUUUCGCUAAUGUUCGCCAGCACUUCGAGGAGUUGGAAAACGUGUGGCAUACGCUCAUGUCUCUCGCCGACGGCUAUAUGCUGCAGAUGGACGCUGCCGAUUGCGACAAACUUCAGGCUGCGCACCCCUCGCUUCAGCGAACGUUUGACCAGAUAUAUCAGGACAUCGCUGCGUUGACUCAGGAUAUGUGCCAGUGGGACGAUUGUUUCCGAACAGUCAUGACAGAGACGGGCUUCGCUGCAUGCGCGGACCGUCUCGACGCCAGGCCCUUCAGGGACCCUGCUGUUUUCGCACGCAAGCUCGCGCCGCUGUUUGAACUCCUCGAGAAUUACCUGGCCGCGCGCCUUGGAGUUCGUGAGGAUUGCGACCAGCUGUGCGGGGUGCUUGUCGAGAAGUGGCUAUCCUGCGCAG